AUGGCCAUAUUCCACUUACUAUUCAAUGGCUUUUGCACACUAUGUAGUGCCCAAAGUAGUUUGGGAUGCAGCCAUUUUGAAGCCGUGCACUGGAGUAAAAUGGCGUCCUCCAUAGGAACUCUCACACGAUUUCGGUCGCUUGUCAUUUUCACCGUCAGAAACUAUGUUUGUAACACACAGAGACGCUUCAGCUCGUGUGGCUCGGACCGUGUGCAGAACAGGAGCAGUUUGUUCGAGCAUAUUAAAGAGGGUUACAGUGAUAAACCACAGCUGGACAUGAGGACAAUCUGUAAACACACCGAACAAGUCAUCAGUGAGUUGGAGAAUAGAAAAGGAGAUUUAGGGCCAUCUGAUGUCCGAGCUAUUAUAUCAGUGUGGAAGCAGCUGCAGGAGCUGGAAAAGGACAUAAACGAGUUGGAGGAACAGAAGAAACUUAUCAGUGAUCAAGUCCGAGCUCUUGUGGAGGAGCAUGAUAAAAAACACCUGUCUGAUCAUAUGGCAUACAAGUCUUUGAGAGAAGAAGGCCGAAAGAUCAGAGUAAGGUUGAGUCAGCUGUAUUCACGACAGAGUGACAUAGAGGAAGAAUAUUAUUGUCUAGCUCUGAGGCUCCCCAACAGAACACAUCCUGAUGUGCCCAUUGGAGAUGAGAGCAAGGCGAAGGUGAUUGAAAUGGUCGGACAUAAAGCAGAGUUUGAAUUCAAAGUCAAAGGCCACCUUGAAAUUGGAGAAAGUUUGGAUCUAAUUAGACAACGACGCCUUGCUCAUGUGUCGGGUCACAGGUCAUACUAUCUGAGGGGAGCAGGAGCACAGCUACAGAUUGCAUUACAGAACUUUGCUCUCGACCUCCUACAGAAAAGGGGGUUUAUCCCAAUGGUUGUUCCAGACAUGCUGAGAGGAGCUGUGUUUGAAGGUUGUGGGAUGCAGCCUUAUGCUCACCGUUCCCAGGUUUACUCUCUAGAUCCGAGUCGCUUCCCCAACCUUAAUCUUGCUGGGACAGGAGAAGUUGGAGUUGCAGGUUACUUUAUGGACCAUGCUGUGAAUUUGAAAGACCUGCCAGUAAGGACAGUGUGUUGUAGCACAUGUUACAGAGCAGAAACUGAUACAGGCAGAGAAGCCUGGGGUCUCUACAGGGUUCAUCACUUUAAUAAGGUGGAGAUGUUUGGUGUAACAGCUGAUGAAACUGGCCAGGAGAGUUCUCAGUUGUUGGAAGAAUUUGUUUUGUUGCAGAAGGAUAUUUUCUCUUCGCUUAACCUCCAUUUCAGAGUUUUGGAUAUGCCCACUCAGGAGCUGGGGGCACCAGCCUUCAGGAAGUAUGACAUUGAAGCUUGGAUGCCAGGCCGUGAAAGUUAUGGCGAGAUCUCCAGUGCAUCAAACUGCACUGACUACCAGAGUCGGCGACUGAACAUUCUAUAUGAGAGAAGUGAUGGCAGUUUUAAGUAUGCUCACACAGUGAAUGCUACAGCUUGUGCUAUACCACGUACCAUUAUUGCAAUUUUGGAAACACAUCAAACAAAAGAAGGAACUGUACGUGUUCCGGACGUUUUGCAGCCUUACCUUGGCUUAGAGGUGAUUGAUAAACCUACAUACAUUCCCCUGAAAUACAUUGGACCUAAUCAGCCAAACCGUACACCUUAUUCCCUUUUUCAAAGUUAAUCAAAGUUACCAUGUGUAUACGCAGUUUUUUCUACAAAACUACAGUUGGGAAUUUUUGCUCCAGGAAGUGACUAAUAAUAAUAGACAGAAUUUACAGUUUAACCAGAGAAAAGCUGAUCUGGGUCAAUUGUGCCCUUAGUCUGCGGGAGCCCUGUUUAUGUAUAAUUCAAAUAAUGUGCUGUUUGUUUGUCUGAAAUUUCCACUUUUGAGUUUCUACUGACUAUAACAUAUGUAUAGGCCUUGUAGUAAAUAUGGAAAGAUUGUUGAAUUGUCAUUCACAAAAAUGUUAAUAAACAGCACAUAAAGUUGA